UCGCUUGAGGUUUCACAGCGCCCUCUACCAAGUUUCGUAACUUUGACAACAUAUACAUGAAAUCAUUGAUUCUCGAGACAUCUCGCCAUGACCGUGACCAAUGUCGCCAGCCGAUCGGACAAUGGAUGCCAAUCUCGUGUCCGGCUUUCAUAUCGCCAACAUGUCAGUCGGCUAUUUCAAUUAAAAGCCGAGCAAGAGCCUUCGUCGUCAUCUUCCACUCUGCCCAAGGUCUUGGUAGGCGGGGGUACCGGCUUUGUAGGCGGAGUUCUUUGUCAAAGCCUCAGACAAAAAGGCUAUUCAGUCACAGUGAUAUCGAGAUCUGAAGGAGCAUCCCGAUUGACUUGGGAUGAAUUGAAGGCCCAAGGACUGCCUGAGAAUACCAAGGCUGUCGUGAAUCUGGCCGGACAGAACAUUUUGGCCACUUUCACCUUCUGGACGGAAUCAUUUCAACGAUUGGUCAGAGACAGUCGGAUUCAAACUUCCUUGGCUAUUGCCGAGGCCAUCCAAAAAUCUCCCAAACACAAACGCCCGGACGUCUUUGUCCAAAUCACAGGAGUGGGUUACUAUCAAUUCGGCACCACCGAGGCUCAAGAUGAAUACACCCCGGGUGUUAAUAAGGAUUUCUUUGCCCGAUUGGUCGCAGAUUGGGAAGCUGCUGCCAAGCUUCCAUCGGAUUGUGAUGAUGUCCGACAAGUAUACAUUCGAUCUGGAGUGGUUCUUGGACGUCAAGGUGGGAUGGUUCAGCAACUGUUUUGGCCUUUCUUCUUCGGGGUUGGAGGCCGAACUGGAAGUGGAGAUCAGGUCUUUCCAUGGAUUCACGUCAAGGACUUAGUUGGAGUCAUCGAACACUGCAUCGAAAAUCCCAAAGUCAAAGGAGUCCUGAAUGGUGUGGCUCCAGAGGUGAUCACGAACCUGGACUUUGCUCAGGCUUUUGCUGGGGCCUUGAAUCGUCCGUGUUUCUUUCCCACCCCUGGAUUUCUUAUGAAAAUGGUAUUCGGAUCAGAAAGAGCCUCCAUGAUCCUCGGAAGUAUGAAGGUGGUGCCCACACGCACGAUUGAAACCGGUUACGUGUUCAAGUACGGAACCAUCCGAGAAGCAGCCAAAGAGUUCAGCGUUGUUUCCCAUUCCGGAUGAGGAGUUUUUUACUGUCCAUGUUGAGCUAUGGAGUACAUAUGUUGUAGGGAAUCAUCAGACAAAUAAUACCAAUAUGCACACCA